AUGGGUGAUGUAGAUCUACUAUUUUAUAUUUUAUUUCAGAAAGAAGAUGUCGAUGUUCGUUUGGAAUUUCUAAGCGAAUAUCUCUUGAAGACACUCAAACAAAAGAUAGACAAAUGGGCAAAGUUUAUAACAUCAGAGGACAGGCAUAUAUUAUUCAAAUUUUUUGAGUAUCCAAAAUACGAUGUGAUAGUGUUCCGUAUGAACGCGGCCGGCCUGCUGACUUGCUCCUUGACCUUCCCGCCUCAGAACAGAGGGAAAAUGGUGUACUUUCUCCGCAAUAUCGACGACAAAAUUACGCAGGCUAAUUUUCGAAAGGUCCUCACAAUAGGAGAAAUAUCGGGAAACAUACUGAUGGACCUGAGCGUCAUGGCGGACGAGGUGAUCGGACCUCUGCUGUGCAACCCGGAGAAUCAGAAGGGCUGGCCGAAAAUUGUCAAAAACGACAUGAGAAGGCACGUCAAUGACCUGAGGAGCUUAAUGCAUCAACUGAAAGGAGAAAUGGCCAGUCAGAUUAUGCUUCCGAUGCCGGAAGGUGUUGAAGAUAUUUAUCUCGCUGAAGCGAAACUUAAGGAACUUGAUUCAGAAGCAGUAGACCUUCAAUUGAAGACGAAUAUAGAAGGAGCAAUCAUAAAGUGGACACAACAGGUUCAUGAUUUAUUGCAAGAAGAUUCUUAUUCAGCUUUUAAGAGAACGAAGUUUCCACUGCCGAUUGCCGACAUAGAGUUCUACACGGCUAGACUGCGUAACCUCGAAGGCAUCUACUCACAACUACGUGACCCCAGAGUGAAGCGGAUGGCGCAUUACCUCGAGGCGACCAAGAGCGUUUACUUCGAUUGCUUCAAAACUAUGCUCACGAAUGUUGUGGCUGCUAUUGUAGAAUGCCGAGACAUUUACGUUUACCAAAGGCCGUUGAUUCCGCAUUUUGAAACGUUUGAAGGCACCGACUUCUCCGACGCUAAGCCGCUCAUACGACCGAUGUUCCAUUGUAUUGGUUUGCUCUGGGGGAAUUCCCGAUACUUUUGUAGCGUCGAGAAAUUGAUACCGCUUUUACGGGAAGUAUGCAAUCUGGUGAUCCAGCAAUGCACCAAUUCCAUCGACCCUCCCACGAUAUUUCAAGGCGAGGCCGAUGAGCAGUUGUUAAAAUUGAGGAAGGCCAUGGGAAUUUUGAACCAUUUUGUUGAUACUUACGAAAUGAACCGCGACAAAGUGCACACUUUCUUCCCUCCCGGUGUGAUGCCUGUGCGCUGGUCGUUCGACUUCGAUCGCGUCUUUAUGCGUUUCAACGUCUACAUGAAGAGGCUGAAAAUGAUUGAGGACCUUGUGUCGGCGACUGUCGAGUUUCUGAAGUUGGAGAAAGUUGAAUUUUCUGGACUGAGAGGCAAAACUUUGAGUUCGGAAUGUAUAAAGAUUUUGGAGGACUACACACUGGCCUAUCAACAUCUCGGCAAUAUUUCAUACGAUCCCGCCGACCCUGAAGACAACAAAUUCCUACCGGAUUAUCAGAAACACUUGGCUGUAAUCGAGGACGUUGACAGGAAGCUUGCUUCUCUUUUCUCUCAGGGUUUGGAUGAGUGUCAAGACUUGGAACACUUUUUCAAAUAUUUUCAAAUCAUUGGUGAUCUAUAUCAUCGAUCUAUCAUAAAAGAAGAACUAAAGUCAAAGAUACCUAAAGUACUUGACUUUAUGCACACCAAUUUAGAUCAUGUAAAAGAAAUCUUUGACGAAGACAUGGCGAAAUUAAAUCCUAAAAGCACAGAAAGGCCAAUGGUAGAUCCUUACUUACCACCAGUAAGCGGUAUGCUGUGGUGGGUUUAUAAACAACGGACAAGGAUACAGCGCCCUAUGGAAGAUUUCAUAUUAUUUGAAGAUCCUAUUACGCAGUGCGAAAACGCCCUGUACGUAAAACAGAAGCAUAAUGAAAUGCUGAGCUACCUGGGCCAAGUGGAAGACAGACAGUUCAAGCAGUGGUGCACCACGGUCCCCACCAUCUGUAAAACUUAUCUCGCUAAAAAUCUUAUAUAUAGAGAUCCGCCGUUCGUUAGGAACAAUUUUAGCCCUGAGCUUGUUAUGCUGUUACGAGAGAUACGUUACAUGAAGUAUUUGAAUAAGCAAGGCAUACCACCAGACGGCUUAGAAUUGUAUGCAAGAAAUGAAAAAUUACAGUAUGACAUGAAUCGCCUUAAUCGUGCUAUAUCAUGGUACAACGCAAUACGCGAGGGUAGUCACGAAACGGAAGUGGCUCUGAUAGAGAAAGAAAUAUCUGCGAUAGAUGAUCUUCUCGGAAGGGGCGUUGAGGAACUAACUUGGAAUGAUGAUUUCACAGAAUGGAUGGCUGAAGUAUAUGCAGCAAUCAAUACGCUUCAAGAGCGUGUAUUGACAGCGCAGAAGAAUGUUCGCACUGGACUUGAAAAUAUUUCUGUAUGGGGUGACAAACCACUACACAAUCGCAAAGAAAACCCGCAGAAAAUGGAACUCCUUGCAGUAAAUGAACGAAAUUCCAGAUUACUUGUACGGAGUAAGAAGAUCGUAGACAGUCAUGCAGAGUUUCAAGAUAAGUUGAAAGUUAACUACAAGCUAUUUUUCAAUAUCCAAGAUGAAGAAUCAUCUGACGAAGAGGAAGAAGAACUCGAAGAAGUGGACGAAGAAACGCUGGACGAAGACGAAAAAACAGCUAGAAGACAAAAAAUUCAACAAAUAAUGGACAACAGAGAAGCCAAGCGGAAAGCUAAAGAGCUGAGGGACAUAGAAAAAGCUGAGUUAGCGGAGGCCAAGUUUUUGAGAAGAGAAGAAAGAAGGAUGAAAAGAGAAGCUAAAGAAGCUGCAAAAAGAGAACGGCAGGAACUAAGAGAUGCAGGUGAGGCAAUAGACUCGCCUGCUGAGGAAGAAGAAGAACUGGAUCCUGAAGAGCUGGCAGAUAUCGAAGAAGAGCGUCGUGAGAUGGAGGAGGAAGCUUUCCGUGCUGAACGAUGGCCAGCCUACGUGAAAUAUGUUGAUUCGCUGGUGUCAGCACAAGUAAUGAAAGCGAUCAAAUCAAGCCUAGAUCUCUUCGAGACACAGACUGACUUAGAGAAAGGACCGAGGGUGGCUUUUAUGGAAAUUAUUGCUGAACUUAGAGAUCCUGAUAUAUAUUUCUCUCCGUCUUUGGAUAUUGACGAUAGCGGCGGUUUGUAUGAUACACUCAGAGAAAUGAUGAAGGAUAUGUUCCUACAAGCGACACUGUUCCCUAGAAUUGAUCCCAUCGUGCCCCUUGAAAACUAUGAAGAGGACAUACGAAACGAGGAUGGAAUGAUCGAUCUGUAUCAUGACAUACUGAAAAGGGUUGAAAAUAGUAUUACCGACGUCGUACAGUAUGCCUCGAAAUACGAGAAAUAUGCACUACUGUGGCUGGAAGACAGGCAAGAAGUUUUAGCGGGUUUCAUGAAAUACGGUCGCGUGAUACCUCCCGAGGAGUUUGAUAAGUAUCGUUACGAGAAUGGCUGUGAUCCGCCUGAAGUCAAACCCAAACUAGAGCAAUAUCAAAAUGAGAUCGACAAAUACAAUAAACUGUACAAAGAGUUGUCAGAUUUGCCGAGCGAUUAUCUUUGCAAUGGUUGGUUAAAACUUGAUUUGAAGCGGCUCAACCAGGCGAUCAUGAACAUUAUAUGCAAAUGGAGUAAUCUUUAUAAGCAAAAUCUCAAGGAUCAUGUGCAAACGAGCCUCGAUGAUUUAGAGAAAUUCAUUAUAUACGCUACUAAAGAAUUGACAGUUGAGUUAGCAGAGGAUGAUUACAUGGGCCUGCUAAGAAUUAUGGGUGUACUCAACGAAGUGAAAGCAAAAGUAGACGCUGGGACCGAAAUGAUGUUUGAACCUCUCAGGGAUAUUAUCUACGUUCUUAAGGAGUAUGGCGUUGAAUUCCCUGAGGAAACUUAUGAACAGUUGGAUGUCCUGCCGGAGAAAUGGCGUAACCUGGUGAAGUUGGCGACCGUGAUGAAGAACGAAGUGGCACCGAUGCAGGCCGCACAGGCCGCACUCAUCUCUAAACGUGUGGCGUUAAUCAAUCUGAGAAUCACUAUGUACAGAGAGCAGUUUGGAGUUAAGGAUAUUUUCUACGAACGAUGCAAGGAGCCCUACAAUCAAAUAGAUAAAGUCAACCAGGAGCUUCUGCAAUUUGAAGAUGUAGUGCAAACCUUGAAGAAGUCUAGCAGUCUGUUUGAUAUACAGCCACCUGAUGAGAAAAAUCUGAAGCAGUGUCGACGUGAACUAAAACUUGCUAAACAAUUAUGGGAUUACUAUUAUCUAGUGAUGGGUACAAUAGAGUUCUGGAAAAAAUCUCCAUGGAAGAAGAUCGACGCCGAUGGCAUGGAUCAGGAGUGUAAACGAUUUACAAAAGAUCUCCGACAGCUGGAUAAGGAAAUGAGAUCAUGGGAACCGUACCUAACAAUAGAAGCAACAAUAAAGAACUUGAUGACUUCAUUGCGUGCGGUGACCGAUCUGCAGAACCCCGCUAUUAAAGACAGACACUGGGUUGAGUUAAUGAUGGCCACAAAAGUGAAGUUUAGUAUUGAUGAUGAAACAACACUGGCAGAUUUAUUAGCACUGAAUCUCCAUAAAUAUGAGGAAGAAGUCAAGACUAUUGUUGACAAAUCAGUUAAGGAAGCAGCAAUGGAAAAAACUCUUAAGGAAUUGGAGAUUACAUGGGCAUCAAUGGAGUUCGAGUAUACUACUCAUGAUAGGACCGGCUCUAAACUGCCUAAAGCAAGCGAAGAACUUGUGGAGACCCUUGAGGACAAUCAGAACCAAGUCCAAAACAUGAUGUCAUCGAAAUUUAUCGGCUAUUACGAGGAAGAGGUUACAGAAUGGCAGAAAAAGCUUGGCACUGCAGAUGCAGUUAUUGCUAUAUGGUUCGAAGUGCAACGCAAAUGGCAAUAUCUGGAGAGUAUCUUUGUUGGUUCUGACGAUAUUCGUUCGCAAUUACCUGAAGAUUCUAAAAGAUUUGAUAAUGUUGACAAAACUUUCAAGGAACUACUUAAAGAUAUAGCAAAUACACCAAAUGUUAUUCAAGCUACUAAUAAACCAGGACUGCUAGACAAAUUGGAAGAACUAAUGAGAGCACUUAAUCUAUGCGAGAAGGCUCUUAACGAUUAUUUGGAGACGAAACGCUUGGCGUACCCACGGUUUUACUUCGUCUCCUCGGCUGACUUGCUUGAUAUAUUGUCUAAUGGAAAUAAUCCGCCAGCUGUAUGUAGGCAUCUAUCAAAGUUGUAUGACAAUUUAGCUAAACUCGUAUUUGUAAAGCCAGGCAGUAAACACGCUUUUGAGAUGAUAUCUAAAGAGAACGAAGAACACGUGCCAUUUAAGCCCCCGUGUUGUGAUUGCUCUGGUAAGGUCGAGUUGUGGUUAAAUCGAGUGACAGAUUGCAUGCGGUACACUCUUCGCGAUAUUUUUGAGCACAGCGUGAAGUCCUAUGAAGAUAAACCUCGUGAUGAAUGGGUUUUCGAUUGGCCAGCCCAGCCCGCACUAGUUGGUACCCAGAUCUGGUGGACUACAGAAACUAAUCAAGCAUUUGAGAAACUCGAGGAGGGUUAUGAAAAUGCGCUCAAAGAUUACCAGAAAAAACAAAUUGCACAGCUAAAUGCAUUAAUUGUUUUACUAUUGGGUGAUUUAACUGUUGGUGAUCGACAGAAAAUUAUGACCAUUUGUACUAUCGAUGUACAUUCAAGAGACGUCGUCGCCAAACUUAUUGUUGCUAAAGUGGAAACGUCUGCCGCUUUCCAAUGGCAGAGUCAACUGAGGCAUCGGUGGGACUUAAAUGCAAAUAAUUGUUUUGCAAACAUUUGCGAUGCUCAGUUUCUCUACGAUUAUGAAUACUUGGGAAACACACCGCGUCUUGUAAUCACCCCAUUGACGGACAGAUGUUACAUAACGCUCACACAGAGCCUCCAUUUGGUCAUGGGUGGAGCUCCUGCAGGGCCUGCUGGUACAGGUAAAACCGAAACCACCAAGGAUUUGGGCAGGGCAUUAGGUAUCAUGGUAUAUGUAUUCAAUUGCUCCGAACAGAUGGACUAUAAAUCUUGCGGGAAUAUUUACAAAGGACUUGCUCAAACUGGCGCUUGGGGUUGUUUUGAUGAGUUCAACAGAAUCUCCGUUGAAGUGUUGUCCGUAGUGUCAGUACAAGUAAAGAGUGUCCUUGACGCUAUUAAGGCUAAGAAGAAGAAAUUCGACUUUAUGGGAGAGUUUAUUUCCCUUAUUCCCACAAUCGGAAUGUUCAUUACAAUGAAUCCUGGAUACGCAGGAAGGACUGAGUUACCUGAGAAUCUAAAGGCUCUUUUCAGGCCAUGUGCAAUGGUUGUGCCAGAUUUCGAAUUGAUUUGCGAAAUCAUGUUAGUAGCAGAAGGCUUCCAGGAUGCGCGUCUACUGGCGCGAAAAUUCAUUACAUUGUACACCUUGUGCAAGGAGCUGCUGUCCAAACAAGACCAUUAUGAUUGGGGUCUGAGAGCUAUCAAGUCUGUGCUUGUCGUCGCUGGCUCUUUGAAGAGAGGUGAUCGCUUGAGACCAGAAGACCAGGUGUUGAUGAGAGCCUUGAGAGACUUCAACAUACCUAAAAUUGUAACAGAUGAUACGCCCGUAUUUAUGGGUUUGAUUGGUGAUUUAUUCCCCGCCCUUGACGUACCGAGAAAGAGAGAUUUUGAUUUCGAAAAACGACUUGUAGAAGGUGCUAUAUCUAUGAAACUUCAACCCGAACCAGGAUUUAUUUUGAAGAUGGUGCAGCUUGUAGAAUUAUUUGCCGUGCGUCACUCUGUUUUCAUUGACGGAUUCGCGGGCACCGGAAAAUCCAUGGUCUGGCAGUGCCUGAACAAAACAUACCACAUGUUAAAACUGAAGCCAUACUACAACGAUCUUGACCCAAAAGCGGUUACUAACGACGAACUAUUCGGUAUUAUUAAUCCAGCUACCAGGGAAUGGAAGGAUGGACUGUUUUCAACAAUUAUGCGGGAUAUGGCGAAUAUGCCUGGGGAUGGUCCUAAAUGGAUUGUCCUCGAUGGUGAUAUAGAUCCGAUGUGGAUUGAGAGUUUAAACACUUUGAUGGAUGAUAAUAAGGUCUUAACGUUAGCCAGCAACGAACGUAUAGCUCUUACCAAGUCAAUGAGGUUACUAUUUGAAAUAGCUACACUAAGAACUGCAACUCCUGCUACUGUAUCUCGGGCUGGCAUCUUAUAUAUUAAUCCGCAAGAUUUAGGAUGGAAUCCAUUUGUGGCAUCAUGGAUCGACACGACACGCGAUGACGAAUCCGAAAAAGCCAUGCUAACAGUAUUAUUCGACAAAUACAUUCCGCCCCUGUUGGAGUCUUGUAAAAAGUAUAAACGAAUUACACCUCUAAGCGAAUUACAACAAAUACAGCUUACGUGCUAUUUGUUAGAGUGUUUCCUUAAUAAAACAUUGCUGCCCAGCGAUUGCCCAAAAGAAUGGUAUGAAACCUACUUUGUCUUCUGCGUUGUCUGGGGCUUUGGCUCAGGUCUCUUCCAAGAUCAACUCGUUGACUGGCGGAAUGAGUUUAGCAAGUGGUUCUGCAAUGAGUUCAAACAGAUAAAGUUCCCAUCCACCGGAAAUGUAUUUGGUUUCUUCAUAGAUCCAGAUACUAAAAAGUUUUUGCCAUGGGCUGAAAAGGUCGAGGCUUUUGAGCUUGACCCAGAUAUACCACUACAGUCGUGCUUAGUAUCUACAUCUGAGACCACUCGUAUUCGGUUCUUCAUGGAUCUGCUGAUCGCUAAGCAGAAGCCGGUGAUGCUGGUGGGAAGCGCUGGCAGUGGGAAAACUGUCAGUGUCGCUGCCAAGCUAAACUCACUCUCCGACAACUACGCUAUCACUAAUGCACCUCUUAACUUUUACACUACUUCAGAGAUGAUACAAAAAGUGUUGGAGAAGCCAUUAGAAAAGAAAUCAGGUCGCAGUUUUGGACCACCGGGCAGCAAGUUUAUGAUUUACUUCGUUGACGACCUGAACAUGCCCGAGGUGGACACCUACGGGACGGUACAGCCACACACACUCAUCAGACAAUUUAUGGAUUACCAUCAUUGGUACGACAGACAGAAGUUGUCUUUGAAAGAAAUAGCGAAUUGCAUGUUUGUAUCGUGCAUGAACCCCACCGCCGGCUCCUUCACUAUCGACCCAAGAUUGCAGAGACACUUCUGUACCUUCGCUGUGAGUUUCCCAGGCCUAGACGCCUGCUUCCACAUCUACAAACAGAUCUUAUCGCAACACUUGAACAACGUGGCCAACAAGUUUAGCAUACCAGUGCAACGGUACGCCGAGUCUAUGGUCAACUGUGCUUUGGCUCUUCAUUCCAAGCUAGCGUCUACCUUCCUGCCAACCGCUAUCAAGUUUCACUACAUUUUCAAUCUCAGAGAUCUGUCCAAUAUAUUCCAGGGCAUAUUGUUCACGACUGGCGAUGCUAUCAAAUUGUCGUCGGAACUGAUAAGGCUGUGGCUACACGAGGCGACUCGCGUGUACUCCGACAAACUGGUCGACUCCGCCGAUAAUGAAUGCUUCGCCAAACUUAUUGGUGACACCAUCAAGAAGACUUGUGAAGACUUCGACGAAAACAUAGUGUUUGAGAAGCCAUUAAUUUAUUGCCAUUUCGCCGAGGGAAUUGGAGAUCCGAAGUAUUUCCCAAUAAAAGAUUGGGCACAUAUUAAAAAAUUACUCGACGAGUCUCUUUCGUCCUACAACGAUCUCGUAGCUACUAUGAAUCUUGUGCUGUUCGAAGAUGCUAUGUAUCAUAUUUGCAGAAUAAACCGCAUACUGGAAGCACCCCGCGGUAACGCUCUGCUGGUGGGUGUGGGAGGUUCUGGCAAGCAAUCGCUGUCCCGACUGUCGGCCUUCAUCUCCUCGCUUGAGGUAUUCCAGAUACAAUUGCGCAAAGGAUACAGCAUAAAUGACCUUAAAGUUGAUCUCGCGGGCCUCAAUAUCAAGGCUGGUUUGAAGAACAUCGGCAACAUGUUCCUGAUGACAGACGGUCAAGUGGCGGAGGAGCGGUUCCUCGUACUCAUCAAUGAUUUACUAGCCUCGGGAGAAAUACCUGAGCUGUUCGCUGAUGAUGAGAUUGAGAAUAUCAUUAACGGCGUCAGGGGAGAGACCAAGGCAUCUGGUGUACCAGAUACCCGCGAGAACUGCUGGAGAUUCUUCAUCAACCGAGUGCGGACAAUGUUAAAGGUGGUGCUUUGCUUCUCUCCCGUGGGCGCCACGCUGCGAGUGCGCGCGCGCAAGUUUCCCUCCAUCGUCAACUGCACCGCCAUCAACUGGUUCCACGAGUGGCCGCAAGAGGCUCUGCGCUCUGUCUCCAAGAGAUUCAUUUCCGAAGUCGAGGCUUUACCGCCACGUCUCAUUGAACCAGUAGCGGCAUUCAUGUCGCACGUACAUCAAAGUGUGAACCAAAUGUCGGCCGUGUACUUCACGAACGAGCGUCGGUACAACUACACCACACCGAAAACUUUCCUUGAACAGAUAUCGCUAUAUUCAAGGUUGUUGACCGAAAAGACCAAGAAUUUAAAGAUGAUGAUAUACAGACUUGAAAAUGGUCUUGAGAAAUUGGCAUCUUGCGCUGCAGACGUAGCAGUUUUGAAGGUUACUCUUGCUGAGCAAGAAAUAAUAUUGAAAGUUAAAAACAAAGCAGCUGAAGAACUCAUCGAAGUAGUUGGUGCUGAGAGUGAUAAGGUGUCAAAAGAAAAAGCUUUCGCUGCUGAAGAGGAGAAGAAAGUAAAAGUGAUAGAAGAAGACGUAACGAUAAAAGCUAAGAUUUGCGCCGACGACUUAGCUAAGGCUGAGCCAGCGUUACUCGCAGCUCAGGAGGCACUGAAUACGUUGAAUAAGAACAACUUGACUGAAUUGAAGUCAUUCGGCUCGCCACCAGAUGCUGUCGUUAACGUUACAGCUGCCGUCCUGGUGCUGUUUUCUAAGAAAGGCAAAAUACCUAAAGACAGGUCAUGGAAAGCGUGCAAGCUAAUGAUGGCUAAAGUUGAUCAAUUUUUAUACGAUCUCGUUUACUAUGACAAAGAAAAUAUUCAUCCAGAUGUCAUCAAGGCAGUGAUGCCAUACAUAAAGAAUCCGGAGUUCAACGCCGAGUUCAUCAUGUCGAAAUCAGCGGCAGCCGCCGGUCUGUGCUCGUGGGUCAUAAACAUCGUGAAGUUCUACGACGUGUACGUCGUGGUGGAGCCCAAGCGGAGGGCUCUCAAUGCUGCCAACGCUGAGUUGCAGGCUGCCAGAGACAAGCUGUCAUUCCUCACUGAUCAGAUUCAUGAACUAGAAGAGAAAUUAGAAGAAUUGCUAAAAGCAUUCCAAGAAGCCGUCAACGAGAAAAUAAAAUGUCAAGCGGAGGCUGACGCCACAAACGCAACUAUUGAUUUGGCUAAUAGAUUAGUUAACGGUUUGGCUUCGGAGAAAAUAAGAUGGUCUGCAACGGUGGUGAAUCUAAAGGAAUCUGGAGUAAUGUUGCCGGGCGACGUUUUACUCGUGACAGCUUUCAUCUCUUACGUUGGUUGUUUCACGCGCCGCUACCGGUUGCUCCUGAUGGACGAAGAUUGGACUCCUACUCUUCAAAAGACCGAUCCUAAAAUCGAGACAACUGAAGGCUUGGAUCCUCUAACGAUGUUAACCGACGAUGCACAAAUAGCGACGUGGAACAACGAAGGGCUGCCAAGUGAUACUAUGAGUACGGAGAACGCGACAAUUCUCACAAAUUCGGCAAGAUGGCCGCUAAUGAUUGAUCCACAAUUGCAAGGAAUAAAAUGGAUAAAAUCCAAAUACGGUGACGCGCUCGUAGUGAUCAGACUAACACAACGUAACUACCUGGAUCGCAUAGAGCGAGCAGUUAGCAAUGGCGACGUGGUGCUGCUCGAGAAUAUUGGAGAGUCUGUAGAUGCUGUGCUCGAACCGUUGCUGGGACGUGUGCUCAUUCGCAAAGGACGAGUACUUAAGAUCGGUGACAGAGAAAUAGAUUACCAUGUAAAUUUCAAACUAUUGCUUCAAACAAAGUUAGCCAAUCCUCACUACCAGCCUGAAAUGCAAGCGCAGUGUACAUUAAUAAACUUUACAGUGACUAGAGAUGGUCUCGAAGAACAACUUUUAGGAGAGGUAGUCAAAGCAGAGAGACCAGAUCUUGAAGCACUUCGAGCUGGUUUGACUAAACAACAAAACGACUUUAAAAUCACGUUGAAAAGUUUAGAAGACGAUCUGUUGAAGCGACUGUCUUCAGCUGGUCCCGACAUCCUCAGUGAUUCAGCGUUAGUCAUCAACUUAGAAACUACAAAGAAAACGGCCGCAGACAUUGAAAUAAAAGUCGAAGAAGGAAAAGUUACAGCAGUCAAAAUUGAUGACGCUCGUGAAAAAUACAGAGGUGCAGCGACUCGCGCUUCAAUGUUAUAUUUCAUCUUGAACGACCUAUGCAAGAUCAACCCCAUGUACCAGUUCUCUCUAAAAGCGUACAGUGUUGUAUUCAAAGACGCGUUGAAUAGAGCUUUACCCGCCGAUGAACUGGAGGCUAGAGUAGCUAAUCUAUUGGACAGUAUAACCUUUGCCGUGUUUGUAUACACCAGUCGAGGAUUGUUCGAGAAGGAUAAACUCGUGUUCUUGUUCCUCAUCACGCUGCAGGUGUUACAAAUAGAGGGAAAAGUAGAUCCAAGGGAGCUUGAUUUCCUGCUGAAGUAUGCCGUAGCACCUGUGAACUCACCUUACUCGUGGCUGUCCCAUAACGCAUGGGGUGGUAUUAUUGCCCUAUCGAAAAUGGACGCUUUCGAAAACUUGGACAAGGACAUCGAUGGGGCAACAAAGAGAUGGCAGAAGUAUACAGAUGGCGAGGCUCCUGAAAGAGACAAGUUGCCGGGUGAGUGGAAGAACAAGACGUCGCUGCAACGGCUCUGUAUACUACGCGCUCUCAGACCGGAUCGAAUGUCUUAUGCUUCUGGAGCGUUCUGUGAAGAAAAUCUUGGAACAAAAUACGUUGAGGCGAGAACUCCACCGCUGGAAAAGUCGUUUGAAGAAAGCACCUGUACAACGCCUAUGUUUUUCAUCCUAUCGCCAGGAGUCGAUCCGUUAAAGGAUGUUGAAAAAUUGGGUCGCAAACUGGGUUUUUCUACGGACAAGAAAAAUUUCCACAUCGUAUCCCUCGGUCAGGGCCAGGAAGUGGUGGCUGAGGAGGCCAUGGGCGUGUCCGCUGUCAACGGAGAUUGGGUCAUAUUACAGAACGUGCAUUUGGUGGCCAAGUGGCUGGCUACGUUAGAGAAAAAGAUGGAGGAGACCUUUGAAAAUCCCCUCCCUAUGUAUAGGCUCUUCUUAAGCGCAGAGCCCGCGGCAGAUCCCGCCUAUCACAUCAUUCCCCAGGGGAUUUUGGAAUCUGCUAUCAAAAUAACGAAUGAGCCACCUAUAGGAAUGUGGGCAAACUUGCAUAAGGCUUUAGAUAAUUUCAAUCAAGAAACCCUAGAAAUGUGCACUAAGGAAGCGGAGUUUAAGGCUGUAUUGUUUGCUCUCUGCUAUUUCCAUGCUGUGGUGGCGGAGCGACGCAAAUUCGGUCCCCAAGGUUGGAAUAGGGUGUAUCCAUUCAACUUCGGCGACUUGACAAUAUGCGUGUACGUCCUGUUCAACUACCUGGAGGCCAACCCUCGGGUGCCGUGGGAGGAUCUGCGGUAUCUGUUCGGUGAGAUCAUGUACGGCGGGCACAUCACCGACGACUGGGACAGGAGACUCUGUCGGACUUUCCUGCUCGAGUAUAUGCAGGCGGAACUGGUGGAUGGUGAGUUGCAACUAGCCCAAGGAUUCAUAUCACCUCCGAAUUCGGACUACGUCGGCUAUCACCAAUACAUUGACGACUUCUUGCCGGACGAGACGCCCUACCUCUACGGACUACAUCCCAAUGCCGAGAUCGGGUACCUGACUACGGUGUCUGAACGUCUGUUCAAGGUGGUGUUUGAGAUGCAGCCACGUGAUACUGGUGCUCAGGCGGGUGGCGGGGCUAGUAAGGAGGAAAUGGUUCGAGCCAUCUUGGACGACAUCAUGGAUCGGGUGCCAGAGCCGUUCAACCUUCAGGAGUUGAUGGGAAAGGUGGAGGAGCUGACGCCGUUCACCAUCGUGGCGUUGCAGGAGUGCGAGAGAAUGAACCGGCUCAUGGGGGAAAUCAGACGAUCGCUGAAGGAAUUAGAGUUGGGUCUGAAGGGCGAGUUGACGAUCAGCAGUGACAUGGAGAAGUUGAUGGAGUCUCUGUUCAUGGACCACGUGCCGGACUCGUGGACGAAGCUGGCGUACCCCAGUCUGCUGGGGCUGGCCGCGUGGUUCUCUGACUUGUGCCUGCGGCUCUCUGAGCUCGAGAACUGGUCCGGUGACUUCAAUCUUCCGCCUGCGGUGUGGCUGGCCGGCUUCUUCAACCCGCAGUCUUUUCUCACGGCCAUCAUGCAGCAGACGGCGCGCAAGAACGAGUGGCCGCUCGACAAGAUGUGCCUCAACUGUGACGUCACCAAGAAAACCAGGGGGGACUUCAACGCUCCGCCGCGCGAAGGGGCCAACAUCCACGGGCUGUACAUGGAGGGCGCGCGCUGGGACACUGCCACCGGCGGCAUCGUGGAGUCGCACAUGAUGGAGCUGUUCCCCAUGAUGCCCGUCAUCUACAUCAAGGCCGUCACGCAGGACAAGCAGGACACGCGCAACGUGUACGAGUGUCCCGUCUAUAAAGUGCGAAUGCGUGGCCCUACAUUCGUGUGGACGUUCAACUUGAAGACGAAGGACAAGCCAACUCGUUGGACUCUCGCCGGCGUCGCUUUGCUACUAGGCGUAUAGUACCGACAACAUUUACGAGUACUACUAGUUGUAUUAGUGCUAUUACUUCUAAUGCUACUUCUACUGAUACUACUAGAUAUAGUAGAGCAUUUAGACAUGUUAUCAGAUGUGAAACAGCUAAGACUAUAAUGUAAUAAUUUUGCUUUAGCCGAACUUAUCUCGAAAUAAUGAUUUUUUUUCGAGAAGCUAUCUUUAGUAGGCUUACGUUUGCUUUAAUUUGCUUAUUCUAUUAUUUAUGAAAACAACUAAUAAAUAUAUUAAUGUUAACUAA